AUGCGCUGGCUAAGUAUCCGCGCUCUCAUAGCGUCGUCGCUUGCGAUGUCCGCCACCGGCGUCGGUGUCUCGGCGGCGCCCGAGCAGCACGCGAAAGCCCUGGAAGACGUACUAUCACCAGGAGCUAAGGUGUACUAUCCCAACUCGACCGAAUUCACCACCCUCACGACGAGGUGGUCCGCCCUGGCCGAGCCCAAGGUAAACGUUGCCGUCGUCCCUGCCGUGGAAGACGACGUCGUAAAGACGAUCCGGUAUGCAAACAAAGCCAAACUGCCCGUGCUGGCAUUUAAUGGCGCCCACGCCGCCAUCACCACGCUGGCCCGAAUGCAAGGGGGGAUCGAGAUUUACAUGGGCCAGCUGUCGAGUGUGACCAUUGCUGAGGACCAGAAGACGGUAACGGUUGGUGGAGGGACAUUGACCAAGGCCGUCACUGAUGCCCUUUGGAACGCAGGAAAGCAGACAGUAACGGGUACCUGUGAAUGUGUGAGUGUCUUGGGGCCUGCGCUUGGGGGUGGCCAUGGGUGGCUUCAGGGGCAUUACGGGCUUGCAGCAGACCAAUUUGUCUCCAUGAAUGUCGUUCUCGCAGACGGAACCUUGCAUAAGAUCGAUGCAAGUUCGGACCUCUGGUGGGCUAUGAAGGGCGCUGGCCAGAACUUCGGCAUCGUCACCUCUGUUACGUCUAAGAUUUACGACAUUGAGCAGUACGACUGGGCGAUUGAGACUCUGAUAUUUAGCGGCGAUCAGGUGGAAGCUAUUUACCAGGCCGCCAAUGAUCACCUUUCUACCGUGCCUGUCAACAUCAUAAACUGGUCGUACUGGCUCAACAUCCCCGGUAUUGACCCGGACAAGCCUGUUAUCCUAUUUUACAUCAUCCAAGAAGGCGCCAAAUCGGUCGACCCGGCCAUAACAAAGCCUUUCCACGACCUCAACCCAAUUUCGAUUGAUGCCGAAUCGGGCGACUAUCGGGACCUUGCCAGAUGGACUCAAAUCGCCCUUGAGUCUGCCCCUUGUCAAAAGUCCGGGCUCGCCAACCCACGCUUCCCCGUCUAUGUCAAAAGGUACAACGUCCCAGCCCAGAAACUAGCAUACGCUGCCUUUGCAGCUGAAGUCUCGGGGGACUCCCCCUUCUCUAGCUCGAUUUUUAUGUUUGAGGCCUACCCUGUCCAGGGCGUCCAGGCAGUUGACAGCAAUUCUGCUGCGUACGCCUUCCGAGGCGACAGCAUUCUUACUGCUCCACUGAUCACUUACACGCCAGCUGGUGACGAACUUGAUCAGCAAGCAGCCCAGCUUGGCAAUAAGCUUCGUGAUAUUGUUCACCAGGGUACCGGUAACGAAGAGUUGCACGUGUAUGUUAAUUAUGCUUUUGGCAACGAGUCUCCGCAGAACUGGUACGGCAACGAGCAGUGGCGCCAGCAUCGGCUCAAGGCGUUGAAGAAAAAGUACGAUCCUAAGGGCCGUUUCAGCUUCUUUGCACCUGUAGCGUAA